UACGCCUCUCUUUCUCUCUCUCUCUUUCUCACGCCGACGAAAGGUGAUUGGCCCGCGACACUGCGCGCGCAUGCGCGACCCGCGACAAUUCAAACCUCCUUUUCUAUCUUUAUCUCUUACGGCGCCUGCGGAGUUUUACACAAAUUAUCAACUUCUUCGAAUGAAUCUACCGCACCUUCCCGCGAUUCUCUUUUUCGUAUUGUCGAAACAAUUAGAUUAUUUUUAUUGUUUAUAUCUAAUAUUGUAAAAAUACGUAAGAAAGUAUAAAUCGGAUUCCAUUAACUUCGUAUAUAGCUAUGUUUAUUAUAACUAUAUUCAUUUUUUAUUUCUACGAAAUCUAGAUGGAUUCUAUCGGUCUUACGAAGAAAUACCGACAUCCUCCCUCCCACGUGUUUCCAUUUCUGCUAGAUCGCUGUCUCCUUUUAGUAAAUCAUAAACUGCACCCAGAAUUCGCGUGCCGCAUGAUCGUCGUCGUCAUCGUCGUCGUAGUUGUAGUCGUAAUCGUUGUCAUAGUCGUUGUUGUCAUCGUUCUCGUUCGUUCUUUAUUAAAGCACUAUCACGCGAUUACUUUGCGAAAAAGUAAUUCGAAUAAAUCGAACAACUGGUUCGAUUUUCGCUUUUGAAACGUUUCUCCCCGUUGUUGAAAGAUAUUCGACGAAACGCUAACGAUCUCCGAAGAUACACGUCUAGUCCGUGUCCCUUUGCCCUGAAAUUCCUUCGAGAUUUGCCAUGAAUAAAGGAGGAUAUAAUGAGGUGCGACGCAAGGAAGAUGAUAAUCGAUCCGUUAUGAAGUUAUAAAUCUUCGAAGAAGAGAUCGAGCUCUAACAACGGUACGAGGCUACGAUAUAUAUAUUCCCUUGGCAACGUCGUGGCAAAACAUUACGUCAGUAGUAAGGAAGUACGUCAAGGAACGUUGUCGAGGCCUAUACUUCUUCGUAGAAGAUCUCUCUAUGGAUCUAAUAAAUAAGAAUAAGUUCAAUCGUAGACGGUGGAUUGUAAAACGAUUUUGAAAAGAAGUAUAGAUCUAACAAAUUUUUUUUCAAUCGAUAUCGAUCCUGUCAUGAGCGUCGGCGAAGACCUUCAUCGACGACUUUUUCAACUGUCCAACAGCUGAUGAAGAUCCGUAAUAUUUUUUAUGAAGCUAAUAGUACUUUCCUUUAAAAGGAAAAUGAAUCGGGAAUGUUCUUCGAUUCUUUGCAUUCUCAUGUUACUAAUGGUUCUUCUUCAAAGAGCUUGGGCUAUUGAUUGUUUUAAAUGUGUCUCAAUCGACGGUGAUAACAAACCCUGUGACGAUCCCUUUCACAAUAAUGGCAGUCUUGCCUUUUUGGAGUCACCUUGUUUGGGUGGCCGCAAAGGUCGAGACGGUCUGUUUCCUGCGACCGCUUGUAUAAAAAUAGCUGGAAUAUAUGACGAAUCCGGUGUUUCACUUACUGUCAGAAGCUGUGCGUUGGAUAGCGGAACUCUGACAACGGAUUCUGAGAUCAUAAGAAUGUCUCAUUGCGGUGGUUUCUAUUUUGACGAUAAAUACGUUCGGGGCUGUGUUCAAUCCUGUAAUGACGCAGAUGCAUGUAACGGGACUAAUCGGAUCAAAGAAACAUCUUUGAUCAUCUUGAUAUUAUUUAUUUUUUUUGGACUCGUUUAAGCGAGACGAAUUCAAUCUAAAGUACAAUUAUAUCAGUCAAUGAGGAAAAGACAUACCUAAUUAUGUUUGAUCAUUUUCUGAACACAAAUAACGAGAACUGCCACAUUACGAUAUUUUUAACCGACCGUCGCUUUACAUCGAACAAAUUCAAAUAAUCUUUUGAAUAAUUUUGUAAGCUUAUACCUUACGACAUGUAAUAACAUAAUUUUGCGAUCCCAUUUAGGCUUUUCACCGUUGCUACAAUUUUUUAUCUUCAUUCUAAAAUGUAAAAUCGAUAGUUCGUAAAGGAAGAACAUACGAUUGUCAUAAUCAAUUUAUAUAUCUUAAUUAUAUCAUCAAAGAAAUAAACUAUUACUCGCAAAACAUAA